AUGUUUACGCUUACGCGAGUUCCUAUCAUUGCUGUAAUCAUUGCAGUUAUUGAGAUCAGCAUAGGACUAGUGGGAAAUGGAUUCAUUGUAGUCAUUAAAGGCAUGGAUUGGAUGAAAAGCAGAAAACUAUCCUCAUGUGACAUGAUCUUGAGCUGCCUGGGCAUGUCCAGAAAUAUCAUGCAGGGGGCAGCUGUAGUGAGUCACUCUUAUUCGUUCUUCCGUACAGAGCCAGAACUGGAUAAUUUAUUUAUUACAUUCAGAAUCAUACAGAUGUUUGCAGGCAUUACCACUGGUUGGUUUGUCAGCCGCCUCAGUGUUUUCUACUGCUUGAAGAUCGCUAGUUUUACCCAACGCCUUUUCCUUCAAAUGAAGCAGAGGAUCUCUGGAAUGGUUCCACAGCUGCUCCUGGGGUCACUGCUGCUCGCCUUGCUCACCUGCAUCCCUUCAAUGUGGGGUUUCUUCCCUUUUAUCAUAUUUUUGGCAUCAUCCAUCCUGUUAAUCAUCUCUCCGUGGAGGCACACUAGGCACAUGCAACAUAAUGCAGCCAGCUUCCAGGACCCUAGUACAGAGGCUCACGUAAAUGCCAUUAAAAUUCUGUUCUCUUGCCUCAUGCUUUAUGUGUGCAGUUUUGUAGCUGACACUCUGUCUGUUUCCUACCUGUCUGACUGA